CCGACAUACUAUGACACUAGGCACAUCUUGUCAUGCGAGGUUCACAUGAACAUCUGGAAAAGAAAUAAAUUUAAGGGCUAACGAUAAAAGACACCCUGUUGGUUUAGGGUUAUUCUCAAAUUGGACUCCGUGGUAUUAAUUUUAUCAAUUUACGCCCUUACGUUUUCAACAUCGGUCAAUUUCAUCCUUCCAUUAAGUUGACCAGACAGUCAAUCGUUAAAUGCAAACCUGGCACCCGUGGGACCUACCCCACCAACGCUUUGACCAUUCCGCGCAUGCCAGUUGAAGGGCGGUUUUGGGUUUCGACAGUUCAAAAAACAAAAAAAUCACACCCAAAUUGGGCACGCGUUGCCAAAGCUGGAGAUCGAAGAAAAAGCCCCAAAUUCGUCCUCAACCUCAGUUUAACCUAAAUCCUAAAUCUCCAUAGCUGAGAGCUCAAAUCUACGAUUUCGAAGAAGUGAGCCACCCAAAAAGUGUAUUCGAGUGUAUUGGCUCCUUAACCUAGAAAACGAAGGAGAAAUGGAGCAUAAGGCGAUGGUGUGUUGGUGUGGUAAGAAUGCAACAAUCCGAACCUCGUGGACAAUUUCGAAUCCUGGGAGGCGAUUCGCUAUGUGUGCAAAGGGUAAAGGAGGUUGUGAUUUCUGGGUUUGGUAUGAUGUGGAAAUGUGUGAAGGGUCUAAAGUUGUGAUUCCGGGGUUGUUAAAAUCAUGGGAUAAGUUGGAGAAUUCACUAGCAAAGGCUAGACGCAGAGAGAAGGUUCUUUGGGCAAUAUUGGUAGUGUCGUGGAUGCUUAUUGCAAUGUUCUUCUUCGGAGGGAAUGGUGGAUCAGAUAGACUAAAGAUGAAGACUUUGGAAUUGGCAUGAAAGGGGGUGUUUUAGGGAUGCACUGUGCUUUUGGUAUGGGAAGUACUGUGCUUGUAGUGUAAUGUAGUGUGCUUUUGGUUAGGGUCUGCACUGUGCCAUUGGUAUGGAAAGCAGUGUGCUUAUGGUUAUGUAAUGGGAAUGAACAUUUUGCAUUUUUGUUAUGUAAUGGGAAUGAGCAUGAUGGCUAUGUAAUAUGCAUACAAUGUGACAUUUUGA